AUGCUAUUUUUUUAGUUUUAAUAUUGAUAUUUUCAAGUAAUUUGAUUUAACUUAUUUUUUUGUUGUUAUUCGCAAAUAAAUAUCACCGAUUAUAAUUUGACCUAUGACCCGGUGUCGUCAUUUUGAGGAUAAGCGCGGGAGUGUCAAAACAUCAACAGUGGUUCAGAUUUUUAGCAGUUGGUUCCUUUAUAUUUCGAGGGAUCCACUGAACUUUCUUGAUGGGUUCGAAGGUGAUACUUCGCGCUAAGGAGUUUUGCUCAAUCCUUCGGUCGCUUCAAGAUGAAAAUAGCAACGAUUCACACACAUUUGAGGAGGACAUCAGUAUAGUAAAAAUGAAUGGGGGAAAAAAUGCUGUAGUGAGCAUGUAUUGUGGCAAACAGACGAUCUUUGUUUGUGAAAAAGCGAUCCCAAAAGUAUGUCAACCAGAGCAUCAGGAAAUGACAGAAACAUCAAACUGCGAUGACGAUGAUGGAGCUGAGAAUGAUGGCGCUGAUGAUGCUGAUGCAGAUGCUCUGCAGAUAGAAUUGAUGCCACAGCCACUCACAAUCAUGAAAGCAAGGGAGCUGCUGUCUUGGUACACAUUAUCUCUAAAUCCUGGCAUGUCGAUAGUUGACAAGCAUCCCGCCUUACAUCCUCUCUGGGUGCGCUGUGACAUGUCUGACCCCGCUGGAACAACUUGGCUCGGGGCUGAACCCGUUUACGUUGACACUAAAAUAACUGCCAUCAAACUCUACUCCAUCACCUGCAAAGGGUCAACUGUGGACAAACAGUCUUUUGUAACCUUAGAAGAAUUGAAACAAGAGCAUAAAAAAAGGCACAACUCGACUUCUAUCGGAAUUAAAGGCAGUGCUAGGUUCAGCCUGUUCGGCUCUACUGUUGUCGAGAACACGACUAUUGAGUCACAAAGCAGCGUCACGGUGGACCUCAAGUGGAGUCAUGUGGAGAGUGUCCUUGAGGUCCCACCUCUGUCCUCCACGGCAACACUGAAUAUUAAAGUUGCUACUGGAGACAUGAGAAGCCCCAUGUUUGACAUGUACAGAGAACUAGAGUUCCUCCAGACUUUAGCUGAUGGUUUGAGAACGGGUGAGACUGAAUGGAUGGAACCUUUGGAAAGCGUGUCAGCUGUUAAUCUGACCAAGACUUACCUUGAGGAGCUCCAAAAUACAGCAAAGGCACCUCAAGAACAAGCAGCAAAGACACCUGGGACCACAAGGAUGAAGUCGGACACAGACACUCCAAUUUUCAACUCUUUUUUGGAAAGAGGAGACUUGGACUUUGUGGAGCAGCUUUGGGUUCGCAUGAGAAAAAGCGUGACCUCAUACCAGGACAUCGGAGACUGCCUGAAGUUGAUCAUUAAUGCCCUAAGAUACGGUGACAUCAAACCCUGGAUUCACAGAGACAGCAACAGCUCUCUCAGCAAGCUCAUUCUGCAGUCUUACCACCAGCAGGUUGAUCAUGUUUCUCUGACAGGCAUCACUCCUGUCAGUAUGCUGCUAGAGAUGGGUUUGGACAAGAUAAGAAAAGACUACAUCAACUACCUGAUUGGUGAAGAGCUGACCACUCUCAAUCACUUGUGGUAUUAUUUGAACACGGAAGUGGAUUUGCAAGAGCAAGUGAUCCGACUCAGAAAACUGCACCACCUGCUGGACAUCAUCGUGACCUGCAGCACCUUCCUGUGUCUGCCCUACGACCGGCUCUUCCAUCUCACUCAAUCAUGUUUACAGUAUUACAAAACAGCCGCAUAUGAUGAAGAGCACGAGUUUAAGCUCCAGAUCAAACCUGCAAUAAUCAGCCAUUUCUAUCAGAAAGAGCAUCCCAUGAUGUGGGGGGUGGAGGUGUCCAGUGGACACAGCGCCUUGGAGGUACGAACAUCCUUACAGCUCAGCGACAGACCUCUGGUUGAUCAUGUCAUCUUUGACACAGAUUAUCCAGUGGAGACAGCAGGUAGAGACUGUGAGGAACCUGCUUUCUUUUCAACCAUGUUGUGCUGCAGCCUCGUCAGAUUUGCAUAAUUUUGUUAAAAUUUCACAUUUAAAAAAAGGAAAAAAAUGUUUAGGUGAGUUUCACACUGAUAAGCAACCCAGACAUGUUUGAACUGUUUAAAAACCUGCAGUAAUCUGUAUUUGUUUAAUUUUGACCUCACCAAGUGAACAUCUCUAUCUGUUUUUUUGUGCGGAAAAAAAAUAAAUUUGAAAGAAUUUUUUGCCAAAUAAACCAGUUUAAUUUAAAGUAACACAACAAAGUACAGUGUAUGAUAGUGGCUGUAAGCAAAAACAACAUUCCACUUCAACGUUCCAAUAUGAAGAUCAGUAUGUUGGAGGUGCAUUCUCAAUGCUUUGUCUUCUGAGUUCAAGUCUUUUUUCUGAAAACUCUGUAUUCACACUUUAAACUAAUAAGCUCUGUUCAAAGUCUCACACAUAAUUCAUUAAAAGGAUAAGUUCUUGGA